AUGUCCGGCGGCAGGCGAUCGUCGGUCUCGCGCGGUCCGAAUUUCACCGUCGCCGCAGCCCUCAGCAUUGGUUGUGGACUCGUCGUCUUCGUCCUCACCUCCAUCCUCCUCCUGCCCACCGACCUUGUUCCUGAUCGUUUCCGCUGCUGCCGCGCCUGGAUCCAGUUGAUUCGCCCAGGACUUUUGCCGGACACGGUCUCAGAACCAGACAUCAUGUUCAAGGAAGUGCUCAGCUCCGCAGGGGUGACUGCCCUUGUGCUGCCCGGCCAGGCGGCUGCUACCCUCCUCUACGCCACUGCCUACCUCGAUACCAUCACCACGCUGAGCCUCAAGGGCUCUAGCCUCCAAGCCAUCGCGUCGACGCCAGGCUGUGGCGCUAAUUCCUCGUGGCUGACUCCGGACUAUGCCAACAACCGCAUCUACUGCCUGGACGAGGGCCUGACCACGCCCAACGGCACGCUGUCUUCGUUCGCGCUCACGAGCAAUGGGACGCUAUCCCAGCUAGACAUUGUCGACACCCUCAGCGGCCCUGUGUCUGGCGUUAUAUAUGGCGAGACCGGCAAUGGCCUGGCACUCGCGCAUUACUCUGGGUCCUCAGUAGCCGCCUUCGACAUCUCGGACGCGAGCACGCUCGCACCGGUCCAGGCCGAGACGUACACCCUCGAUGCGCCCGGCCCCAUCCCGGACAGGCAGGAUGCCCCCCAUCCUCAUCAGGCCCUGCUAGACCCCACGGGGCAGUACCUCCUCGUCCCGGACCUGGGCUCAGACGUCGUCCGCCUGUACUCGGUCGAUGAGGGUGGGCUCAGCUUCACCGAGCUGGAGCCCCUCGCCGCCGUCCCCGGUAGUGGGCCCCGUCACGGCGUGUUCCUGGUGACCGACGACGGCACGACCUACUUCUACCUCGCCAGCGAGCUGGCCAACACCGUCACCGGCUUUGAGGUCACUUACAACGACGACAACACCCUCGACUUCACCGAGGUCUACCUGAGCAGCACCCACGGCCUGAACGGGACAGUGCCAAACAAUGAGACCACUGCGGCCGAGAUCGCCAUAUCGCCCGACAACAAGUUCCUGCUCGUGUCUUCCCGAGGCGAGGGGACGCUGAGGAUCCCCAACUUCGAUCCGGCCAACAGCACCGAGAUCGUGUCGGACCCGAUCUUCACCUUCGAGAUCGACCACUCCUCGGGGGCGCUGACCAAGAUCCAGCAGUUCCCGGCGGGCGGCAGCAUCCCCAGGCAGUUCUCCAUCAGCGCUGACGGCAGCCUCGUGGCGGUCGGGCUCCAGAACGACGGUCGCGUCGUGGUCAUUGGGCGGGACGUCGAGACCGGGCUUCUGACCGACUUCGUCGCCUCGGCCGAUGUUGGUGGCCAGCCUACCAGCGUGAUCUUCGCCGCCGAGUAG